AUGGAUAUAAUGGAAUUUAAAGACGUAAAAUCCACUCCUGAUAUAAUACACACUUACCCGUCAUCAAUAAAAAACAACUCAACACCUCUCGUAGUAGACAACGGAUCUUAUUUAUCAAGAGUAGGAUGGUCAGUUAACGAGACGCCUUUACUCCAAUUCAAAAACCUCAUAGCGAAGCCUCGUAAAGAGCGAUUGAAGAAAGACAACGUGGAAAUCGUACAAGUUCCCCAAUUGCAAAUAGGCAACGACAUCGUCAACAUAGAAACGAUGAGGUUCCAGUUAAAAACGCAAUUCGACAGAAACGUAGUGACGCAUUUCGAAGCCCAGGAACAUCUGUUCGAUUACAUGUUCACCCAUUUGGGCAUCGAUACUGAAAACUCCGUUAACCACCCGUUGGUGUUAACAGAAGCAUUGUUAAAUCCAAAUACUUCUAGACAAUUAAUGUCUGAGCUACUGUUUGAGUGCUAUGGAGUACCCGGUGUAGCGUACGGGGUGGAUGCCUUAUUUUCGCAUCAUUUCGCUCGACCGAAACCCUUAGAAAACGCUUUAAUCAUCAACUUGGGCUACCAAACGUGCCACGUAAUCCCUGUAAUAAACAACAAGACGCUAUUCGAAAACACCAGAAGAUUAAACAUCGGCGGAUGGAGUGUCAUAACAUUCCUACACAGAAUAUUACAACUCAAAUAUCCAGCACACACUGCUUCGAUAACUCUAAGCAGAGCAGAAGAACUCCUCCAUACAAUUUGCGCGAUCGCUGUCGAUUACAAGGAAGAGUUGAUGAAAUGGACCAACACCGACUACUACGAGGGGAACAUUAAAAAAAUUCAAUUACCUUAUAGCGCCGGAACUAACGCUCUUACACUGGAACAACAGAAAGAACGCAAACGCGAAUUGGCGAGGCGUCUGACCGAAAUCAACGCGAGGAAGCGCGAAGAAAGGCUGGCCGAAGACCAGGAGAAGCUGAGGCAGCUGCUGGAGGUGCAGGAUCUCGUCGAAUUCGGCGGGGAAAAGGAGGAAAUCGAGCACAUACUCGGCGAGUUCGAGUUGAAGAGCGUGCAGGACCUGCAAAAGGCGCUCACGAAUCUCAAUCUGCGAAUAGAGAAGACCAAGCAGAAAAUCCUGGCUGCCAGUAACAUCGAAGAGGCCGAAGAGCCGCCCGUGAAGCAGGCCAAAUAUUCCAAAAUGGUGUUCGAGAACGAUACGGCUUUGCAUUCGUUUUUGGAUAACGUGAAGAAAAUGAGACAAGAAAUUAUAACCAGAAAGCUAGUCAGGAAACAAAGAAAACAGGACAUAUUCAAGCGAAGGACAGCAGCCGGACAGGAGAGAAUGCGAAUCAUUUCCCAAUUAGCGCGAAAAGAAAAAGGAAACGACGAUUUCGGGCUUCGAGACGAAGAUUGGGACAUUUACAAAACAAUCAGCAAGGAUGGUGGCGAUUCCGAUAGCGACGCUGAAAACGAAAAGCUAUUAGAAUUCGAAGAGAUCCUAAGGACCCACGAACCGUCGCAAUUCGAAGAAGGCGCGAAUUUGGUCGAAAUGCACCAACUACACAUCGGUAUCGAACGAUACAGAGCCCCCGAGCUCAUAUUCAAACCGUACAUGUCCGGAUCGCCGGAAGCCGGCCUUUCCGAAAUAAUCGGAUACGUUUUAUCGUUGUGCAAGCCCGAGGAGCAGCUGAAGCUGGCCGAAAACGUCAUCAUCACGGGCGGCCUGGCGAAUCUUCCGGGUCUAAGGGAACGAGUUUUGAAAGACUUGAUUUCCAUAAGGCCUUUUCAAUCGGACGUGAGAGUGAGCGUGAUGGAAAACAGCGCUCUAACCGCUUGGUACGGGGCGAGGGAAUUUGCCAAACGAGACGAUUUCGAGAAAUAUCUGUUAACUAAAAAGCUGUACGAAGACAUCGGGCACGAGUACUUCAAAGAGCACGUGGCCUCUAACUUGUACUUCCCCACGCCCAAGGAAGUGAUGAUCGAUGUAGAUUCGUAA